AUGGAAAACGAAGCGAUUGUAUCUGUGCUUAUUAAAAGGCUGAAAGAUCGUGACCAAGUUCAGGAACAAUACAGUGAACUGUUUAAUGAAAUUUCAACUAAUGAAAGGGAUGUUCACACUACUGAUACAUCUACAACAGAUCAAAUAUUAGAUACUUUGAAAAAGGAAAAUAGUUUUAAAGAUCAAAAUAUAGAGCAUCUGAAAGAACGUAUAGAUAUUAUGAACAAAAAUAUUGAAAAGUUAAAUGACGAAUUAAUAAGUACAAAUAUUGAAAACAACAUUCUGCAGGAUAAAUUUGAAUCGUUGAAUGAAGAAUAUAAUAAACUAGUUCAACGUUGGCUUCAAAAAGUACAGAAAGAGGCAGAUGUAAUGAAUGCAAAUGUUGAGAAUAUAAAUAGCUUAAAAUGA